UGGUGUUAAAUAAUGCGUUUCCGGUUUUGGUGAUGUAUUCGCACCAAUGCGUGGUUCCUGCUAGUGAUACUUUUGUCGUGUUUCUCUGUCGUCUUUUGCCGGCUAUUCUGUCUAAUUCUAUAGAAAGGAGAUUAAUUUCCUUUGUGAUUUUUGUGUGUGAUCCGUUUCUUCCUCUUUGUUUCACUGUACGUGUGUGGUUAAACACUUAGAAUUUAUUGUUUUACUUCGGCAAAUUGGUGGAUUGUCUUGUUGUGGUAUAAUUCACUGUUAAAAAAAAUGGGUAUCAACGGAAUUAUAGAAAGAGACACUGUUUUCUGCUGAUUUAGCCUCCAAAUUUGUACAUACUAGAGGAGUUUAUUGAUUUAUCUCCUUCACUCCCUCUUAUCCUCUCUUUUUUGGUUAUUCUUUCUUCAGAUUUUCUUCUGUGAAUGAAGCUGAACUGAAUUCACUUCGUUGCUGGCGUCUGUGCUUCAUGUGGAUUAGUGUUGACACAAGUUAUUGUCCCAAUGGAAAUUAAGAAUUUGAGUGAGGAGGAGAAUUAGACUGUCUGGCUAUGGAGAAUUCUUCUAAGGCGAACGGAAAUGGAUCAACUGAGGAUGGAUACUCUAUUGCGAGGCACUCUUAUCAACCCUCCUUGAAGGGGUCAUUACCUUGGCUGGACAUAAAGGUAUUCUAUGUAAGAGUGUGCAAGUGUGAGCUUGAUGAUUCCACUCCUGGGUUUCUUACAUUGAACCAUGUUCCUUUGAAUCCCGACACUCUUCUUGAAGUUAAUGGUGUUCGAACUAGCAUAUAUUCUGAUGGGAUGUCAACACUUCUCAAAAGAGACAGGGUAGAUAGAAAAUCUGAAGAAGUGACUUUUGUAAGCACCGAUAGCAUAAGGAUGAGUGGGAGUGUGAAGUUUGAAGUGUUUGAUAGAGAUGUUCUGCUGCUCUCUGGUGUCUUGGAAUUAUGGAAUACCAAUGGUGUUGUUAGGGAAAGUUAUAAUGGACAAAGGUGGAGCAUGAACUGUGAGUCAUACAUAAUUCCAGGCACUAGCUUCUUUAAGGGAAAACAAUUGCCAUCACCAGACUCAAAUCUCCCAUCAAUUGAGGUCUACAUUACAGGCUCCUUCUUGGGUACUCCAAUUAUCUUAACAAAAUCCUUGCAGCUUUCUCAGAAAAAGCAUGCAAAGAAGGGGGUGUUGGAUGUAAUUCCAGAGCAUGAGGCCAGUGAAAAUGGGAAGGAUCAUUCUUCUACACUUGCUUUUGAGGCUCCAGAUUACCUUUGCGACAAAUAUGAAGAUGAAGAUUAUAACAGCCUCUACUCAAGAACAACAUAUGCUGAUGGUGAAGAUGGAGAGCUUUCUUGGUUCAAUGCUGGUGUUAGGGUCGGUGUUGGUAUUGGACUUAGUGUUUGUCUUGGCAUUGGCAUUGGAGUUGGCCUUCUUGUUAAAACCUACCAAGGCACCACUAGCCACUUUAGAAGACGGUUGUUCUGAUUGGUGUUUUAUUUUUAAAGCUUAAAAUUCUCUGCUUUUUGUCCAUCUCCCUCUUAAUCCAUAGACAGCUAACCUUAUUUUUGUCCAUAUCCCUCUUGGUCCAGAGGCAAGAGGCUAAAUAUCUUGUCCUACUGAGUGGAGUUUUUAUUUUUUAUUUUUUUCUUUGGAGUUGUUGUAUGUAAAAUAGUUCAUUUUUAGUGCCAUAAUGUAUCAGUUAUAUGAUGACAUAAAGUAAAGCAGGAAAAAGUUUUCCAA